UGAUGUAAAAAUAAAAAUUAGCUAAAUAACACGUCUUCUCUCCCAUUCUACUUUUGUGCUCUGCUUCACUUUUUCUUUCUUCCUUUCUCUCUCCACCACCACCACGACCAUGCCCGGAGUUGCCUUCUCUUCUGUGCCUGCCUCCGAUCUUGGAAUCUUCUUCUCCGACUCCACGGCCAUCUCUCGGUCUAUCUCCGCCUCCGUCUCAUCUUCCUCCUCCUUUCGCUGUUGCAUCCCGUUGAAUCUCAGAUCGCUACGCUCUCAUCGCCCCCCUAAGUUUUCUCCUAUCUGUUGCGAUUCUUCAAACGGAAGCUCCACCUCCCGAUCCGGCCUCGGCGAUCCCGAUCUCGAGUUUCUUCAGGCCUCUGUCCUCGUUGCAGAGACAAGUAUGCAUUACAAAAUGCGGAGACAUGGAUUUCGGGAAGAUUCCAUGUGGCGGGCUUCUUGGCAUCUACCUCCAUUUGCUGUAAGAGCCAGUGAAUCAAGGGUUGGUGUUUUCCCUAUUGGACUUGGCUUCCUCCGUCAAUUCAAGCACCCCACCAUUUUUCUCAAGAUCUCUUGUGAUGGUGAUUACUUGCUUCCCGUUAUUGUUGGGGAUGCUGCUGUUGAGAAACUAUUAGACGUACCACUGCAAGGCCACGAUGAGGAAUUCCCUGAUCAGUUCCAGUUUGUGUCUGCUCUUGUCGACAAACUUGGACAUGAAGUUAAAAUGGUGAAGCUUACAAGUAGAGUAUUCAGCACUUACUAUGCAAGUCUAUAUCUCGGCAAGCCAGGAGACGAUGCUGUUAUAUGCAUUGAUUCACGGCCGUCAGAUGCCAUCAACGUUGCAAGAGCAUGCCAGGCUCCAAUAUAUGUGAAUAAAGCGAUAGUCCUGGAAGAUGCUAUCAGGAUUGGUUAUGGAGGCAGACCGCAGAGCACAAAGCCCAUUUUUAAUGUCCUCCUUGACAGCGCUCCAGAGGGACCCGAUCCUGUAUCGGAGGAGCUUACACUAAUUAGGAAUAUGGAUCUGGCGUCUAAAGAGGAAAGGUACAUCGAUGCAGCAAAGUGGAGAGACAGAUUGAAGAAGCUUCAGAACUCGAGCGCAGUAGUAUAUAAGGAUGUGGCAACUCCUGAGAACUACGACUAGAGAAAGAAUAGUAGGAACAACAAGAAAUAGAUGUAGAUAAGGCCGGGUCAAAAGAAUGCAAGUGUGAUGAAAAGAAGUAUGGGUGAGAGAAAUAUAAGAUGCGCUUAGAUUGAUGGUAUCGCAUGUAAAGAGAGGAGAGGAUGUGCGUUGAUUGAUUUGAUGGUACCUCCUCUCAUGUAUUGAGAGGAAGCGAAUGGUAGACGAAAGAUAAAUGAAUAGCCGAGGGAAUGUGUAAAGGAAAAGAACAAAAUGUAAAUGGAAGAAGACUCAAUGAAUGUAUUCUUUUUCAGUGUA